AUGCCGUUGAUCAACGACCUCCUUGGAGGCUUGGACAAACCACUCUGGUACUGUUCCCUCGGUAUGGCUAGUGGCUUCUGGGUGGUGUCAAUGACCCCGCGAGCAAGGCUGGUGUCAGCGCUCAUCACACCGUUCGGGUUGUUCGAGUGGACGGGGAUGCCGUUCGGGUUAAAGAGAGCUUCUCCGAUUUACCAACGAAUCGUCGACAACGCAUUGUAUGGCCACAUGCGCAUCAAACCCGAUCAGAAUCGAUCGAGCCCUGUUGAAGUCUUCGAGGAAGGAGAGCCGGAGCCGGAACCCAAGCCGUCGGUUCUCGGGAAAAGGUCGUAUGUGGACGACAUCCUCGUGACGGGCGACUCGUGGGAUAGCAUGUGCAACCGUGUCGACAAACCGCUCCGCUCGACCGUAGCCAAGAGCUACCGGGGUCGACGCAAGGUGGCGUAUCUAGGACAUAAAGUAUCCUCAGCUGGGCUUGAAGCGAAACCGAAGGAGCUCGACGCAAUCGCGAACCUUCCGUUCCCCACCAAGUUGAAGGCGAUGCAGUCGUUCCUCGGAAGCUUGAACUAUUACAGCCGCUUCAUUGAGGACUUCGCAGUGUAUGUCGCAUCUUAUUUCCAUGAGAUCGCUAAGACGGACACAGAGGAGACGCAGACCGAGGAUGGUCAAUUAACUGGGGGCGAGUGCGAUGGGUGGGCGAGGACGAAUAACGCUUUCACUAUACUGAAGGCGAAGAUCAUUGCCACGCCGGUCCUGAACCCCUUGACCCCGUACGAACACGAAGGUGUGUACCAUCCGGUGACCUUCACCAGUCGCACGUUGAAGGCAAACGAGCUCAACUAUGGAGUGGUGGACAAGGAAGUAUUGGCGCUUCUGCGAAUACGUCUGUUACUCCUGGUUACUAGAUCGAUCAAGGUCUUGUCACGAUUCUCGACAUUGGCCUGGUUGCUCAAGUCGAAUGGGUUCGACGGCCGCCUGGGCAGGUGGACAGCGCUGCUAUCAGGGUGGACGUUGGAAGUCACCAAAUGUGUGAAGCGUGAAGACGAAAUCCUUGGAACAAUUGCAGCUAGCAUCACUCCCCGAGUCGAUGUCGACAAAGCUUAG